AAAACCGAUCGAGACUUGAGCUCGACAGGGAUCGAAAAAAGAGUCGAAGCUCCAGUACGUGACAUGGAUAGUUCACCAGACCUGUCGCUGAAGCUGCGACGCGGGUCGAGCGAUUCGCGCGAUAAUUUCUAUAUGGACUUUGCACAGGGCAUCGAUUCGGAUAUCGAGGAGGUGGAUAACAGUCAGUUGCCUGCCGCCCUACCAGGGGUAGAAGGUGGAGUAGCGGUGGUGCCCCCACCACCACUUCCCACAGCCACAGCACCGCUGACUCUGAGCGAGGAGGUGCUAAUGAUGGUGGCACCACCACCACCUACAGUGAGUUCCAUGGCCACACCAUUGCCCACGCUUACGGAGACGGAGGAUAUGCCACCGACGCCGCCACCACAGCAGCUAAGUCUGGAUGCCACUUCUCCGCCAGCCUCACCAACAACAUCGGUGCUAGAACUCAUACCACCGCCGCCGCCGCCGCUUUCACCCAUGGACGAUGCCGGACUGCGCACCGAUGAUGAGACAGAUGAUGCCGAUGAGGCUGGUGAUGAAGCAGAAGAGGAGGAAGAAGACGGUGAAGUAGCUCAAAUUUCGCUCGGAGGUCAGGCACUAAUGGCACCCGAAUCGGAGGCCGAUGACGAUGAGGACGAAGAGAAAUCAACACCGCCACCACCACUACCACCCCUACCUUCAAAUUUGUCAUAUGUGCAGGGCACAGGAGCUGGCAUGCUGCCCUCGGCACCCAUAACACCGCCACUGACCAAAUCACCCUCCACAUCACCAUCACCACCGGCUACACCACCGCCGUACCCACAGUUAUCCAAAAUGGUCUCACCACCACCACAGCGUGUCGCACAGACACAACCAUUGACCCCAUCCUCUGAGAGCGAUCAGUCGCAACCCAAUUCGCCACCACCACUGCCACAUCAUGGAGCACGCGUCUCGCCGCCGAUCUCUGUUGGCGAGACACAGCAACCACCGCCGGAGCAGCCUGCCACCAGUGGGGGCCAGCAGUUGGCCGCCGAGGAGUACAGUCGAUCCCUGGACAACGAAGAUGAGUCCACCACAAUAACUACUCCACCUAGCAAUGGUUAUUCGGCUUCAUCGAUCAUUGCACCUCCGCCAGAGCACUUUGGGGAGCUCGAGGAAGAUGCAGCUGUUACCAACGGUUUUGUGCCACCACCAGCUGGCUUAGAAGAUCGUGUUGCCAGCGAACAGGAUGAGGACGAAGCGGAUGAGGAGGAGUUAACCAAAGUAGAGACCGAUGACCUAUCCGUGGAUAAGAUAUCGCUCACGCGAGGGGAUGAAGCUGAUGCUGAUGAUGAUGAGCCGGCAGCUGACAGCAUAAGCUCACCACGUGCCGCAAGCAUUGCCAGCGGUGGCAUCAUCUCGACCAGUGGUGCCAUUGCCGCAGCCAUUGCCGCUGCAGGAGGGCGACGUGCCGAUGGUUCACCCAAGCAAGAUAGUCGUGUGCCCAGUCGAAGCGUUAGUCGCAGCAGCAUCAACGCCUCACGUAUCGGCAGUCGUGCCGCCUCACGCAGUGGCAGCGUACGCGGUGGUAGCUUGGGUUCUCGUGCUGCCGCACCACCACCAGUGCUCUCGCCACAAGCUUCCCUCAAAUCGGUUAAGAGUCCAGUGCUCUCCAUAAAGUCCGGAUCACACCGCAGUGGUUCUGGUUCACCACUUGUUGUAGAGCGGGUGCAGAGCCCACCUGUAGGUGAGGGUGCGCCCGUUAUGCCGUCUCCACCCCUGAUGCGCAGUCCACCACCAGAACUGGCCAAAAGCCCGCCACGUCAGAUGCACAGUCCGCCACGCAUCACGACACCACCACGGGUCUAUAGUCCCCCCCUAGUCAGCAGUCCUCCCAAGCUGGCACAGUUAGCUAGCGGACCCGCGGAGACGGCUGCAGCUGCAGCUAUUCAAAAGGAGCAGACAAGCAGUGCCACUGAUGGACCAAUCGCCACACUGAGCUACCAGGACGAACAGACGCCACCGCCGCCGCUUCAGGCACAGACACAGGCACAGUCAACGCCAGCGGUGGUGACCACACAACCACAGCCUGUGCGGGCACACUUUACGAGCAGCCACCAUCACUACCACUUGCCGCAUCAGUUCCAGCAUCCGCAUCAUCAGAACCAUCACACGCACAGUGUUCGCGUCCCAACGCCCACCGUGCCGAGCAGCUAUGCACCCGGGGGUGGCGGCGGUCCAGGACGUGGUGGCAGCGGUAGUGGCGGUGGCGAAGACAGCAGCUCCAGCCCCAGCUAUAGUCGUCGUACACAGUUCAUGAGCGCUGCAGCGGCUCCAACAAGCGCUCUGCUCAUUGCGCCGUCGGAGGGUACGUCCGUGACUGCCAUUUCGCCGGGUCGUAUGUCGGCGCGGUCCGGCUCUCAGCAUCAUGUGACCAUCGAUGAGUCCAGUUUACCGCACAAGAGCAGCGUGGAGAGCGCCGGACCCAGUGGCGUUAUUAUCGGCCCGGGCACCGGGCAUGGUGAUGAUGGCGGUGGGGAUGGUGGUGGUGGCAGCGGUGGUGACAGCUCGGAGCCACCCUCCUCACCGGGCAGCUCAUCACAGCGUCAGCUGACCAAUCAGGAUAGCGAGCGUCCCAACGAUCAACUGGCCCUCAUGUAUCACUCACAUCAGUUGACCAACUAUCCAGUAUUGCCGGCCAUCAAACGAACACAUCGGCCCUCGUUUGUGUAUCCACCAAUGCCGCGUAUCAAGGCCGGCGAUGCUCUAGCCACACUCUUCUCAGCACUCUAUGGAAAACUGCUGGUUGUGAUGGGCAUAGCAUUCCCAAUGGCUGAGGUCAUUUCCACCUACAUACCGCCUUCGUUCUAUGAGGUCUACUAUUUGUACUUGUACAUUGGAAGCAUGAUCUUUUUGCUCUUCAUGUACGCUACCAUGCUCUGGGGACGUCCGAAGCUGCCGGUGCCAAUUACCUCGCCUACCAAAUCAACGGCAAAGGUGAGUGCAUCGGACAGCCUCGAUGAAUCGGAUACGGACAGCACUUCAACGCGACGCAACCACAUGCCGCCGGUCAUACCGGUACGACGGCCAUCGUUGCUCUCCCCGCUAGGCCGACAACAUCAUUAUGGCAGCUUUUACUUACGCAUGGGAGCCGUGGCUUUCGGCAUUGGCAGCAUGAUCUACUCGGGGCUAGAGUUUGGACAGUACUUCGAGCUGAAUCCGGACACCAAAUGCCAUAAUGUGCUGCUCGCCUUGACGCCAGCGACGCGUAUGGCCUUCAUCUUUAUACAGAUGUACUUCAUCUUCUUGAACAACGAGCAGAUCAAGGUGUAUCGCUAUAAGAUCAUCGCACGCUUCGGCCUCAUGCAUAUGAUCGGCACCAAUCUGGCUGUGUGGCUUAACGUGCUCAUUCAGGAGACCAAACACGAAAUACUUACUUUCUAUAAUCCGGAGAAUCGGACGCUACGCAUCUCACAUCGCAUACCGGGACACUCCCGUGGUCAUGCGGUAAUUGCGCCUACGGUUAUUGAUCCUACGGCACAUUUACGUGUGGCCCGUGGCCUCAAGGGCCCCUAUCAGAUCUUCGAGUGUCGACGUACCAAUAUUAUUGGUACUUUGGUGCAGGAUGCCUCACCAUUCCUGUUCCCCUGCACCAUUGAGUACUCGCUGAUCUGUGCCGCAAUUCUGUAUGUGAUGUGGCGUAGCAUUUCACGGCCUCAGAGCAACACACCCCAACGUCCGGAUAUGAUAAGCUCGCCAAUGAAACGUUCACCCCAUCAUUAUUCCGUAGACUGUGCGCGUGCCCACAAGGGUCUCUUUGUAGGCAUCCUGAUCCUAGUGCUAACCAUCAUCUCGCUAAUCAUAUUCUUUGUGCUGAUUUCUCGACCGGAGUUCGUUGCUCUUGCCGUCACCGAGGUGACCAUUUGCGAGCUAUUAAUAUAUGGAACAGCCACAAUUGCCACUCUACUGGGCAUGAUACAGAUCCGUCAUCUACAGUACGAUGCCUAUCGUAGCUUCUCGCUAGACGACAUCUUGUUGGUGGGGGCCCAGACGGGCUCAUUCCUCUACAAUAUCUUCACAGUGAUUGCCGGCCACUUCACGCUUCGCAGCGACGAUAUGCUGGUCCCCAUUAAUGCUCUGGCCUCCAUUGUGCAGACGGCUUGCCAAACCAUGUUCAUACUGGACGCCAGUCGCCGGCAGGCGGUCAGUCCUGAGCACAUACGCAAGAAACCCGGCCGGGAAAUCGUCACCUUCAUGUUGGUGGUCAAUCUGGCCAUGUGGGCCAUUAGUACGCUGGAGAAAUCACGCGCUGAAUCGCAUCCCAUACAACUGAACUUCUAUGGUCUUUGGGCCUGGACCAUCAUUACGCAUGUGUCCAUGCCGCUGGCCAUCUUCUAUCGCUUCCACUCGACAGUGUGCCUGUGCGAGAUCUGGAAGCGGGCCUACAAGCUGAAGCCCACGUACAUGUGAGAAUUCGCCCGCUCGCGCAUACAAAGUAUUGCGCAGCAGCAACAAUUCUGUGAGGAUCUCAAAACGAAUCUAUCCUAUUGCUACUGCUCCACCACACUAGCGGGCGGGGAGCUUGAGACCGUUGAGGAGGUGGACAGUGGCGGCACUGGCAGCGGCAACACGGGAAACAAUGAGGAAGCGGCCGAACAGAACGGCGGCAAUGCCGGCAGCAAG